CGUACCGAAGGCGAUCCUCAUGUAUCGUCGAUCCUCUCACAUCCGCUUCCUCUGCGCCUCAAAAUUUAUUCAUGUGAUCCGUAAGAAUGAGAGGUUACAGGUCCUCAUCAGGUUAUGGAGAUGCUAUUCUGGUACGGUGAGAUCGAUGUCCAAGUUUGGCGUAUUCUCCAUCACCUGUUUCCUGGUUUACGCACAAGUGGCGGGAAUCGGGACGGUGAACCCUCCGGUAUCCAGGGCGACCGUGAGCAGCGCAUCGAACCUGGAAUCAACGUGCGGAAAGGAAGCGACGGAAAGAGGUUUAGGACAGAGAGUGAUAUCAUACAGUCUCUAUGUCCCGUAUUCCGAGCCUUUCCCCAAGGACUUCCGCUACACUCAGACCUUGGGAUCCGUAGUGGAAAGGGCAACAACCGCUUAUCCAGGCUGGUCGAUACGAAUCUAUCAUAACGUCAGCCAGAGCUUUUCCUUUUGGCACUUCUUGCAUGACGUUCAAUCUCGAUUCCCGCACGUGGACCUAUGCCCCGUGUACGACCUUCCUCCGCCUUUGAACGAUCUCUCGGCCAGACAGCCGAUCGGACGCUUAUGGAGAUUCGCUGUGAUGGGGGAUCCUCUGGUGAAGCAGUUCAUGGUCCGCGACAUCGACAGCUUCGUCAUCUCUCGUGAAGUGGAGGCCGUGAAUGCAUGGCUAUCUUCAUCGAGAACAUUUCAUGUCUUUAGGGAUCAUCCCGACACCUUACAUCCGAUGCUUGCCGGUCUGUGGGGUGGAAAGCAAGGACAGAGUUUCCCGUUUUCUGAAGCUGCUUCUCUGAGAGAUGGAAUGCUCUUCUCUCCGCCCAUGCAUCAUUAUUACUACGACCAGGAACUCCUGCAACGAUUCGCCUGGCCCCUCGUGAAGAAAGACGCCCUGGUGUUCGAUAGCUACACGUGCGAGAAGCCGGAAUUCGGAGAAUCCCAGCCGUUCCCGACUCAAAGAGACGAGUUUCUCUUUGUGGGUUACGUGCCAUCAAAAAAGAAGGAGUACGAGAUGGUUAAGAAUACUCCAUGUCCGAUGGCUUGUCGACCUCGUCUGCAUCUCGAUUGGGUCUAUUGUUGA